CGACUACUCUCCCCCUCCACUUCCUCGGCCUCCUCCCGUUGGCCUGACGAAUGAGCACAGAGGUGGCGGUAGCCAUGGCGACCACAGUGGCGGGGGAGGAGGGGUCAACCGUGGGGUGGGUGUGGUUGGCCUCGCACCGGAGCACAUUCCCACCCCGGGAGCGGCCCUGAGCUGGCAGGCGGCCAUUGAUGCUGCGCGGCAGGCGAAGAUGAUGGGCAACGCUGCAUCAGGCGGAGGGGCGGGACUUGGGUCGGGUGGGGGCGGCCCCAUAUCUACAGCCAGCUCCACGCAAAGGAAGAGACAACACUAUGCUUCUAAACCCAAGAAACAAACCACAACGACAGCCACAAGGCCACCACGGGCCCUGCUAUGUCUCACACUCAAGAACCCCAUCCGCCGGGCGUGCAUCAGCAUCGUAGAGUGGAAACCAUUUGAGAUCAUCAUCCUGAUGACCAUCUUUGCUAACUGUGUGGCCUUAGCCGUCUACAUCCCCUUCCCUGAGGAUGACUCAAAUGCCACCAAUUCCAAUCUGGAGCGUGUGGAGUACCUGUUCCUAAUCAUUUUCACGGUGGAGGCGUUCCUCAAGGUAAUAGCCUACGGCCUGCUCUUCCACCCCAACGCCUACCUGAGGAACGGCUGGAAUCUGCUCGACUUCAUCAUUGUAGUAGUAGGGUUAUUCAGUGCGAUUUUGGAGCAGGCCACAAAAGGAGAUGGGGCCACUCCGAUUGGAGGGAAGGCAGCAGGCUUCGAUGUCAAGGCUCUACGGGCAUUCAGAGUAUUAAGACCGCUGAGACUGGUCUCUGGAGUACCAAGUUUACAGGUCGUGUUGAACUCCAUAAUCAAAGCCAUGGUUCCUUUGCUUCACAUCGCUCUCCUGGUCCUCUUCGUCAUAAUCAUCUAUGCCAUUAUCGGCCUGGAGCUCUUCAUGGGCAAGAUGCACAAGACCUGCGUUAACAACAAUUCAGGCACAAAUGUGGAGGAAAAACCAGCACCGUGUGCACCUGACGGGGCCUAUGGUCGGCACUGCAUGCAGAACGGAACAAAGUGCCAAGCGGGUUGGGAGGGCCCAAAUGAUGGUAUCACCAACUUUGACAACUUUGCCUUUGCCAUGCUGACAGUGUUCCAGUGUAUAACCAUGGAAGGCUGGACGGACGUGCUGUACUGGAUGCAGGAUGCAAUGGGCUAUGAGCUGCCAUGGGUCUAUUUUGUCUCUCUUGUCAUCUUUGGCUCCUUUUUCGUUCUCAACCUCGUUCUGGGUGUGUUGAGCGGAGAGUUUUCCAAGGAAAGAGAGAAGGCCAAGGCACGCGGAGACUUCCAGAAACUACGAGAAAAACAGCAACUGGAGGAGGACCUUAAGGGCUAUUUAGACUGGAUCACUCAGGCUGAAGACAUUGACCCAGAGAAUGAAGAGGAAGGCUUGGACGAUGACAAACCAAGAAACCGGAUUGCUCCAGUCCACCUUGGUAGGAAGACCAGAAAGCUUGUUUGGUUCUCUCACUCAGCUGAUUCGCAGGACGUGAGCAUGCCAGCCAGUGAAAACGAAUCGGUCAACACAGAUAAUGCCCCCGGGGGAGACGUGGAGGGGGAGACCUGCUGCACCAGGCUGGCAAUUAGGAUCUCCAAAUCCAAGUUCAGUCGCUACUCUCGGAGGUGGAACAGGUUGUGUAGGCGAAAGUGUCGAGCAGCAGUCAAGUCCCAGGUUUUCUAUUGGCUGGUCAUCUUCCUGGUUUUUCUCAACACCCUGACCAUUGCAUCGGAACAUCACAAGCAGCCGCAGUGGCUAACAGAUGUACAAGAUAUAGCAAACAAAGUAUUACUAGCGCUCUUCACUGGUGAGAUGCUGCUAAAGAUGUACAGUCUUGGCUUACAGGCGUACUUCGUGUCGCUCUUCAACAGGUUCGACAGCUUCGUAGUGUGUGGAGGAAUACUAGAGACCAUUCUGGUUGAAACAAAGAUCAUGUCUCCUCUUGGCAUCUCUGUGUUACGCUGCGUACGCCUCUUGAGAAUAUUUAAAAUAACAAGAUAUUGGAACUCUCUCUCCAACCUCGUGGCCUCCCUACUCAACUCUGUUCGCUCCAUCGCCUCCCUGCUGCUCCUGCUCUUCCUCUUCAUCAUUAUUUUCUCCCUGCUGGGCAUGCAGCUCUUUGGGGGGAAAUUCAACUUUGACGACACCAGACGCAGCACCUUUGACAACUUUCCGCAGUCUCUACUCACUGUGUUUCAGAUUCUAACAGGAGAAGACUGGAACUCUGUUAUGUAUGAUGGCAUCAUGGCGUACGGCGGCCCUUCUUUUCCCGGCAUGCUGGUCUGCAUCUACUUUAUCAUCCUCUUUAUCUGCGGAAACUACAUCCUACUGAAUGUCUUCUUGGCCAUCGCUGUUGACAAUUUAGCAGAUGCUGAGAGCCUGACAUCGGCUCAGAAAGAAGAGGAGGAGGCAAAGGAGAGAAAAAAACUGGCCAGGGAGAAAAUAAAGUUAAAAUCAGGAAAGAAGGUAAGAUGCUCUUUCUUUAUCAGGCUCGCCAGUCCAGAGAAGCGUCAGGACAACGAGAAGCCACCGAUAGAGGAAAAGAAGAGUGAGAAGAUUGAACUGAAAUCUAUCACUUCUGAUGGAGAGACUAACACAGCUACUAAGAUCAACAUGGAUGACUGCUGUGGAGAUGAAAAUGAAGAGAAGAACCCAUAUCCUGCAAAUGAUUACAUAGGAGAUGAGGACGAGGACGAGCCGGAGAUGCCAGUGGGCCCGAGGCCGCGGCCGCUCUCUGACAUCCAGCUAAAAGAGAAGGCCGUUCCCAUGCCCGAGGCCCGUGCCUUCUUCAUCUUCAGCCACACCAACAAAUUCAGGGUUCUGUGCCACAAGAUCGUCAACCACAACAUCUUCACCAACCUCAUCCUGUUCUUCAUCCUGCUCAGCAGCAUCAGUCUGGCAGCAGAGGAUCCAGUCAAGAACGACUCCUUCAGAAAUCAGAUCCUGGGCUAUGCAGAUCACGUCUUCACUGGACUCUUCACCAUUGAGAUCAUUCUUAAGAUGACAGCCUAUGGAGCCUUCCUCCACAAAGGUUCAUUUUGUAGAAAUUAUUUCAACAUCCUGGACUUAGUAGUGGUCAGCGUUUCUCUAAUCUCAUCUGGAAUACAAUGGAUAGAGUACUUCUUAUCAUCAGGUGGUUGGUCCAGCGCAAUUAAUGUCGUAAAGAUCCUGAGAGUCCUGCGGGUGCUGAGACCGCUGAGGGCCAUCAACAGAGCCAAAGGACUAAAGCAUGUUGUGCAGUGCGUUUUUGUGGCCAUCAGGACCAUCGGCAACAUUGUCAUCGUCACUACGUUGCUCCAGUUCAUGUUCGCCUGUAUUGGAGUGCAACUAUUCAAGGGCAAGUUCUCCUUUUGUAGUGACAGCUCCAAACAGACUCAGGCAGAUUGCAGAGGUUCCUACAUCAUGUAUAAGGAUGGGGAUGUGGGGAAACCAGAAAAGGCCCAGAGAAAGUGGGAGAACAGCGACUUCAACUUUGACGAUGUCCUGCAGGGAAUGAUGGCUUUGUUUGCUGUGUCUACUUUUGAGGGCUGGCCAGGGUUACUGUACAAAGCCAUAGAUUCUCACGCGGAGGAUGUUGGGCCAAUCUACAACUACCGCGUGGUCAUCUCUAUCUUUUUCAUCAUCUACAUCAUCAUCAUCGCUUUUUUCAUGAUGAACAUCUUCGUCGGUUUCGUCAUCGUCACAUUCCAGGAGCAAGGAGAGCAGGAGUAUAAGAACUGUGAGCUGGACAAGAACCAGCGUCAGUGUGUGGAAUACGCCCUGAAGGCUCGGCCUCUGCGACGCUACAUCCCCAAGAACCCUUACCAGUACAAGGUGUGGUAUGUGGUCAACUCCACCUACUUCGAGUACCUGAUGUUCACCCUUAUCCUCCUCAACACCAUCUGUCUGGCCAUGCAGCAUCAUGGGCAGACCAAAAAUUUCAAUGAUGCAAUGAACAUCCUCAACAUGCUCUUCACAGGACUGUUCACUGUAGAGAUGAUCCUAAAACUAAUCGCCUUCAAGCCCAGGGGGUACUUUAGUGAUCCCUGGAAUGUGUUUGAUUUCCUCAUCGUAAUUGGCAGCAUAAUAGACGUCAUUCUCAGUGAGAUCAACCAUUAUUUUGUUGAUGCAUGGAACACAUUUGAUGCCUUGAUAGUUGUGGGUAGCAUUGUUGACAUAGCGAUCACUGAGGUUAACCCAGCUGACUCGUCCUCGUCCUCCUCCUCCUCCUCCUCCUCUUCGUCCUCCUCUUCCUCUUCUUCCUCCUCUCACCCCCAUGUGGUAAGGCCAAUGGGACUUCAGAAUUCUGAAGAGAACGCCAGGAUCUCCAUCACCUUCUUCCGGCUGUUCCGCGUGAUGAGGCUGGUGAAGCUGCUAUCUCGCGGGGAAGGGAUUCGGACCCUGCUGUGGACCUUCAUCAAAUCCUUCCAAGCUCUACCUUAUGUAGCUCUGCUUAUAGUGAUGCUGUUCUUCAUAUACGCCGUCAUCGGCAUGCAGAUGUUUGGUAAGAUAGCGCUGCAGGACAACACGCAAAUCAACAGGAACAACAAUUUCCAGACGUUCCCUCAGGCAGUGCUGCUGCUCUUCAGAUGCGCGACCGGCGAGGCGUGGCAAGAGAUCAUGUUGGCGUGCUCGCCCAAUAAAUCAUGCGAGAAAGGGUCAACCAAUGAAAAUAGCACAACCCAUGAGGAUUGUGGCAGCCAGUUUGCCAUCAUUUACUUUGUCAGCUUCUACAUGUUGUGUGCCUUUCUGAUUAUUAAUCUCUUUGUGGCUGUAAUCAUGGACAACUUUGACUAUCUGACCCGCGACUGGUCAAUUCUGGGGCCGCAUCAUCUUGACGAGUUUAAGAGGAUCUGGGCCGAAUAUGACCCAGAGGCAAAGGGGAGGAUAAAACACCUUGACGUGGUCACUUUGCUCCGGAGGAUUCAGCCUCCUCUCGGUUUCGGAAAGCUCUGUCCUCACAGGGUGGCAUGCAAGCGCCUGGUGUCAAUGAAUAUGCCCCUGAACAGCGAUGGAACCGUUAUGUUCAAUGCCACACUGUUUGCUUUGGUCAGAACUGCACUCAGGAUCAAGACAGAAGGUAAUCUGGAGCAGGCUAACGAAGAGCUGAGAGCAAUUGUAAAAAAGAUCUGGAAGAGAACCAGCAUGAAGCUCUUGGAUCAAGUAGUGCCCCCUGCUGGUGAUGAUGAAGUAACAGUCGGGAAGUUCUACGCCACCUUCCUCAUCCAGGAAUAUUUCCGCAAGUUCAAGAAGAGGAAAGAACAGGGACUAGUGGCCAAGGUUCCCCCCAAAACUGCCCUUUCUCUGCAGGCGGGCCUGCGGACACUGCACGACAUCGGUCCAGAGAUCAGAAGGGCCAUCUCUGGAGACUUGAACGUGGAGGAGGAGAUGGACAAAGGCAUGAAGGAGUCUGUGUCUGCUGCAUCAGAGGACGAUAUCUUCAGGGUAAAGCGUACAGGUGGCUUGUUCGGCAACCACGUCAGCUAUUACAACCAGAGUGACGGACGUGGGUCCUUCCCACAGUCCUUCACCACCCAGCGUCCCUUGCACAUCAGCCAGAAGGGCUCUCCGUGCGAAGGUGAAAGCCCGUCACACGAGAAGCUGAUGGACUCGACCACCUUCACCCCUUCAUCUUACUCCUCGUCAGGUUCAAACGCCAACAUCAACAACGCCAACAACACUGGAGUGACCGGGGUGACGACUCAGGGCAUCAGCCGAUUCCCAAGCCCGUCCAUAAGCACCGUAGACGGGCACACGGGCCAGCCGCUCACGCCCAUCCUGCUGCCCAAAUCAGCAUGGUGCUUCCCUCCGAAAAGCUCGGACUCGAGUGACAGUCGUCUGCCAAUCAUCCAGAGAGGGGAAGGGUCAACAGAGGAGACGUACGAUGAGAGUUAUGGUGACGACAGGGAGUACCAGGACGAUGAGCACUCACUUUCCUCUGACAUGUUGGUGUAUCAUGAUGAAACGUGUAAACAGCUGACUCCCAUGGAGGAAGCAGAGGAGGUAGAGGAGCAAAGAGGAGGGGGAGGAGGAGGGUGGCAAUCUCCACGAAGAGUCUUCCUCUGUCCGACUACUCUGGCACGGAGAUCUUCCUUCCAUCUGGAGUGUCUCCGGAGACAGUCAAAGCCAGACGUCUCCCAGAAGACUGCUGUACCUUUACAUCUUGUACAUCACCAGGCUCUGGCAGUGGCAGGAUUGAGUCCCCUUUUAAGAAGGAGUCACUCACCUACACUGUUCAGCCGACUGUGUUCCACGCCUCCAGUCAGCCCCACAGCCCAGUGCAGUGAUGCCUCCUACCAGCGAGUUCCCUCUCUGAGGCUAGAGGGCUCUAACUCUCAUGAAAAGCUCAACGCCAGCUUGCCUUCUGUCAACUGUGGGCCCUGGUACAGCGACAGUAAUGGGAAUAGCCCGGUGGCCAGUCCCAGCCCCACAUCGGUGUCCAGACAAAGAGCACCGCGGCCGGUGUCUCUCACUGUGCCGUCGCUUUUAGGGAAGGACCCCAGCUCGCUGUCUCACGGCAGCGCAGGCAGUCUGGUGGAAGCAGUUCUUAUAUCAGAAGGUUUGGGUCAUUUUGCCCAGGACCCUUCGUUCAUCGAGGCAACCAAAGCCGAGUUGGCUGACGCCUGCGACAUGACCAUUGAGGAGAUGGAGCACGCAGCCAGCAGCAUUCUCAACGGCAACACAGCCACAAACCCCACAUCCAGCACCUCUUCCACCUCUCAGCACAGCCCGAACGGCAGCCUCCCCUGCCAUAAUGCAGCAGCGGCUGUAACGCACAGGGACCGAGUCGUCGGCUUGAGUCCCAGUGACACUGGGGCAGAGGCUGGAGGGGGCAGGGGUUACAUCCACGGUCCGUCCUCUAUAGAGGAGCGACAAGAACUGCUAACUAGAGGGGGAGGGCAAGAGGAGGAGGAGGAGGAGGCAGACGUGAGGGAAGAGAGGCCCCACAGAAGUUCGGCCGUGGUUGCAGGACCGCGGCAGAAUGACAGCGGGCUUUUGGAGGAUGAGGAUUUGGAGUGUGUGACGAGCUUGUAGGUGCCACCUCAGCAGCUUUGAUCAGCCAAAUGGCCCCCCCCCCCUCUGGUACCAUCAGAGGCUGAGGUGUGUCAGUGCUGGCGAACAGUGCGGCAGCUGGUUGGCUCAGUCUGUCACUCUGGACAAUGGCGGCCAGCGAUGCACCUUUAACACAACAAGACUUUAUCGGGUUCAACUGAGUUAGUAUGUGCGUCUGCAGUAAAGUAUAUCAGACUAUAUACUAUCCGAGCGUGUGCUUCUGUGUGUCUGUGCGUGUGUGUUUUUCUCUAUUUGUACUCGUAUGUGUGUGUUCACCACACGUGUCAGAGUGUGGCUCUAAAGUGCCUCACAGUUUUAUCAUGUCCUCAACGUGGGAUGAGCAGGAAAAUGAAGACAAGCAAAAAAAAAAAAAAGACAAAAGGAAAGACUGAACAGAAGAAAGAUCAAACAGAAGCAGGAAGUCCUUUUAUGGACUUGCUGCUAUUCAGAUCGUACGUUAAUGUUUUCAUUUCCUAUGCCUAAUUUAGUGGUGUGUUAUUGUUGUUUGACUGGCCGCCAUGACGCCAGGUAGGGGGCCAGAGACCAGCUCAUGGAGGGUCACCUGAGGAAUACCAUCUGACCGCAGUCCACCUGUGGUCAAAGGUCCACUCCUCCUUCGUUCAACGAUGAUGAAGCGCUGUAUUGUGUAAAACGGGGCUGAGAAAUCCCUGUUUAAAUAUCAUUUCUCCUCCUCUUCCAAAGCUGUGGGAACCUGGAGCACAGCCCUGCAAGCCCAAGAGUGGAUUUAGGGUGACGCGCCGACCCCAGCCAGGUGUGGGGAGGGAGGAUCGGAGGGGGUGAUUCGACAGCCAGAACAGGGCUGCUACAGAAAGGGGGGGGAUCUUCCUGGCCAACAGGGAGCUAGCGGGCUCUUUUUUUCUCAGCUGGUCAGUAAGACUCCAGCGUGAAACAAACUCACCUCGACGUAGCUCCACCCCAUCUGCCCUUCUCCUCGUUUGGCUGCCCCAGACGAGCGAUCGGUGGCUAAGCAGAGACAGAAAGCCAGCCCCCCUUCCCCUUCUCUGCCUCAUACCUCACUGUUCCUCACUCCUUUCUCCAUCCUUCCUCCCGUUCCUUUGCCAUCUUACUACCGCUCACCCCUUAUUGCUGGAUUUCCUGCUUUGUUCAGCACAUGAGGAAGCAUACGUUUGUCACGCAUGGGCGACCAAGGUGGUAGGCGAGAGAGCGGGAGUGACCGAUUGCAAGGAAUGUAACAACAGACUCUGGUCAUGGGGGUUCUGCAGCAGAUCUGCCGUCAAUCGACCUCACUUCCUUCUCUGGGGCGCCUCCUCUUCCUGUCAGCUUGGAAUCCUGUGGGAUUUGCUGCCACACACUCUUUCUACAGACCGCGUCCACUAUGUAUUUAACGGUUCAAUAUUGUGCAAAACUGGCUAGCCAUGACAAUAUUUGUUUUCUAUUCAUGACGUUAUUGUUUUAAUUUAUCUUUGAUUCAUUUGCACAAUCGGGGUGCUGGUCUUAUAAAUGUAUUUUUUGCUCGGUUUAUUUUUAGGAACAUUUUUUUUAGAGGUUUUAAGUAUCGAAGCAGGGCGUAGUGUGUGCGGGCGAGUGCAUAACUAUAAACGUGAGUGCACAUGCGUGUCUGCGCUUUAGUACAACUUAUGAAUGUGUGAUAGUGUGCGUGUGUGUCUGGGGGGAGGGGGUCUUUCUCUCUAUCUGUAUGCACCUUUUACAGAUUCUAUCUAUUUAUUUAUUUAUUUUUUUCCAGAAGAGAAAAUCUGUGGGAAUGUGCGUGCGUGCGUGCGGGUGUGUGGUUUCUUGUGUACUAUAAAAAGCUGAUUUUAAGCCUAUACAGUAAAUUAAGGUAGCAUUACAAGUAUGUUAUGUAUGUGAGAGAGGGUGUGUCUGUGUAGUAAUGGGCCUCCUUAACACAGGGUUACCGCGGACAGGCAUACUUCCAAAGCUUUGUGGUUACUUUAGUGCGGUUUUUACUUUUCUUAGCGAAGCGGCAGAGUUAAAAGUCUCUCUGAUUUCAAACUUUAGCUUUCCUUUACUGCCCCAUUUGGACACAGGUAUGGGUGAGGUCUGAGGCCAGGUGAGACCAAGGAUCAGUUAGUGUAGAGGUCAGGAAGCAUUUUUGACUAGGGAUGUCCUGAUCUCGAAUACUUGCCUCCAAUAAACAAGUCAAACCAUUUAAAAAUAGGAAUUUGCCAAAAUAGGAUCACAGUUCAAUAGUUCAUCAAGAUUGAUACCAAAGUAUAUGCCUGAAAAAUCUCUACUUUUAACCUGACACUAUUUAAAAAGAAUCCUCAUGAAUAAAUCAUGAAUUAACUAUAAUUAAUCCCAUUUUUUUUUUGUUCCUUUUCCCUGGCCACUCUCAGACAAAAUUCAUUUCAGACCAAUAAAAUCUGACGUCUAUCAGCCUAAACAGGGUUACAACGUCACUUCCAGACGCCAGCAAAACCCCAGGGGGCGCCAUUAUCCACAAAUGAAGAAAAACACAAAACGGUGAGGGAUCUUCCCAGGAGUGGCAGGAGAAAAGAUCAUUUGUGAAACUGCAUUUUGUAUUCACUCAGGUAAUCUUUUUUACUGACGUUAAAAAUUGUUUGGUUAUCUGACGAGUGGCAAAAAAAAAAUA